ACAGAUUGCUUCAGUCAGUAGAACAAGUUUGUUUCGGGAGUUUGUUGAAGUAACACGCGUGCAUCAUGUAUUGUAAGGCGAUUGUCGCACUAUUUACAAUAGCACUUGUAAGUGCCGAAGUAUUUUUCGAGGAAAAAUUCGAAAAUGAAAACUGGAAGGAUGAAUGGGUCUACAGUAAACAUCCUGGAAAAGAAUUCGGCAAGUUUAUUCACUCCUCAGGCUCAUUCUUCAACGAUGCUCAAGCAGAUAAAGGCAUCCAAACAUCACAAGACGCGCGCUUCUAUGCGUUGUCUAGAAAGUUCGAUGGAUUCUCAAAUGAAGAUAAACCAUUGGUAGUUCAGUUCUCAGUGAAACACGAGCAAAAUAUUGAUUGUGGGGGUGGUUAUGUGAAGCUGUUUGAUUGCUCUCUGGACCAAACUGACAUGCAUGGCGAAUCACCCUAUGAGAUUAUGUUUGGACCCGAUAUUUGUGGACCCGGUACCAAGAAAGUUCACGUCAUUCUAAGUUAUAAGGGCAAAAAUCAUCUGAUCAACAAGGAUAUCAGAUGCAAGGAUGACGUCUACACCCAUUUCUACACUCUAAUUGUUAAGCCCGACAAUACUUAUGAGGUUCUGAUUGACAAUGAGAAGGUGGAGUCUGGAAAUCUUGAAGAUGAUUGGGACUUCUUGGCGCCCAAAAAGAUAAAGGACCCAAAUGCAAGCAAACCAGAAAACUGGGACGAUAAGGCAACUAUUCCCGACCCAGACGAUAAGAAACCCGAAGAUUGGGACAAGCCACAGCACAUUCCAGAUCCUGAUGCCACCAAGCCUGAGGAUUGGGAUGAUGAAAUGGAUGGCGAAUGGGAACCACCAAUGGUCGACAAUCCUGAAUACAAAGGGGAAUGGCAGCCUAAGCAGUUGGACAAUCCCAACUAUAAGGGCGCUUGGGAGCAUCCAGAAAUCGAUAACCCUGAAUAUAGUCCAGAUGAUAAAAUCUAUCUGCGUAAUGAAAUUUGCACGUUAGGCUUCGAUUUGUGGCAAGUGAAAUCUGGCACGAUAUUUGACAAUGUCCUCAUCACUGAUGACAUCGAACUGGCAGCCAAAACAGCGGCUGGCGUUAAGGAUACGCAAGCUGGCGAGAAGAAAAUGAAAGAAUUGCAGGAUGAAGUUCAGAGGAAGAAAGAUGAAGAGGAAUCGAAAAAGAACGCAGAUAAUCAAGAUGAGGACGAUGACGACGAUGACGAAGAAAAUGCCGACGCGAAGUCUGAAUCAGAUGAUAAUGGCCAUGAUGAAUUGUAAUUAAUAUCUCAUAAUAAGUAUGAACGUGGUCCGAAUUGAAGUGGCUUGCCGGGUGGAUGCAAGCACUUUAUAAUAUUUAUGUAGAAUUAAAAUUUUGCAAGACUUAUAAUAUAAUUUA